UCUGUAUAAACAGAUUGUUGUGUUGAUUUUAAUCGUGUCGGCGAUUGCUGAAUCUACAUCGUUUGACUCCAUGAAGAAAACUGCGGAAAUAGGCGAGAGUGAUUUUGCAAAAAUACGGAAGCUCAUGUCUAUGAUGAGAAAAAAUAACUAAUAUUGCCUACAAAAACAUGGAUUUCAAGUAUUCUAGCGAAGGAUAUAACAGCGAACAGUCGUAUAAAGAAUUUAAAUCUGCUGCAGUAGUUUGUAAUAAUGAAGUCACAUGUACCGUGGGAAAGAAUAUUCUUACAGAAGGAGGAUCAGUUGUCGAUGCCGCCAUUGCAUCCAUGUUAACAUUGGGUGUUGUAUCGUUUCAAAGUGCAGGUCUGGGUGGCGGAUUUUAUAUGAUCUAUUAUAAUGCUGAAACAAAUGAAGAUUAUUUCGUUGAUGCAAAAGCGCAAGCUCCCCAUGUAGUUGAUGGUGACUUCUACACGGGAAAUGAAUAUGCUAUGACUUAUGGCAGAUCAUCUAUAUGUGUGCCAGGAGAACUUAAGGGAUAUUGGGAAGCUCAUAAAAAAUUUGGAAAACUGCCAUGGUCGCGUAUAUUUGAGCCAGCAAUAGAACUUGCUGAAAAUGGCUUCAAAAUAACCGCAGGAUGUGAGACGUGGAUCAGAGUUACAGUACCAAAACUGAAAGAAAACAAACGAUUGAGGAGUCUCGUAACGCGUGCAGAUGGAUCUUUUAAAAAGGCCGGAGAUAUUAUAGUGCGUCCGGAAUACGCAAAAACUCUCCGACAUAUAGUCAAACACGGGGCUGAUGAAUUUUAUAAUGGAUCCAUGACAAAUGAUAUAUUGAAAGAUAUACAUGACGGAUUCGGCUUCCCGUCGUCUAUAUCGCAUGACGAUUUUGCUCAAUAUAAAGUCAGAAUUGAGGAAUCUGUAAAAAUGACACUCAAUGAUGAUCACACAUUAAUAACAUCAGGAGCACCAAGUGGUGGACCAGUACUGGCUUACAUACUGAACAUUUUAAAUGGUUAUCAUUUUACUGAAGAAGACUGGAAGAAAAACAGAGUAUUAACGUACCAUAGAAUUGUGGAAGCAAUUAAAUUUGCUUUUUACAAACGUACACACAUUGAAGAUCCAUAUUUUUCAGAUGAGGUUGAUGAGCUUGUAAAUCAAAUGACUUGUCAAAAACAUGCGGAAGAAAUCAAAAGAAAAAUAGAUGAUUGUCGGACCUAUUCCUCAGAACAUUAUGGAGAAAAAAUGGCACAAGUUCCUAAUGACCCGGGAACUGCACAUGUUGGUGUUAUUGGUCCAGACGGUAGCGCAGUGGCAAUAACCAGUACAAUCAACCACCCAUUUGGAAGCAACGUUGUUGGGGAACGCACAGGUAUCAUAUUCAACGAUCAAAUAAACGGAUUCUUCUUUCCAGAAAAAAGUGAAGACAGUUUAACAUAUUCCAAGAAUUUAAUUGGGCCUGGCAGACGGGCAUUGUCUUCUACUUGUCCAACCAUCAUACUGAACAAUUCCUCAACUGCUGCAACAGUAAAAAUGAUACUUGGAGGUGCAGGAAGCGCUCGCAUUAUAAACUCAACGGCAUUGACAAUUAUGUAUCAUCUAUGGUUUGGUAUGAAUAUCAAUGAAUCUGUGAAAUCAAGAAGAAUUCAUCACAUAUGGGAUCCAAACACACUUGAAAUUGAAAAAGGGAUGGACGAGGAAACUAUCCAGGGUUUGAAAAAUCUUGGGCAUAAAAUUGAAAUGGUAAGUGGUUAUCUAUCAACCGUGCAAGCUAUUUCAAGAAUCCCGGGAAACAAAAUCGCCGCAAAAUGUGAUUGUAGAAAAGGUGGAUACCCUGAUGGAUAUUAACUGCACAAUCAGAUAGAUAUUGGUCGAUGCCAAUAUCGAAAAAAAAGAACAGCGAAGAACAAUUUUAGAAUGACCGUUUUUAUUGCAUAUCCUUUUAAAAAGUGGAAUUCAAUAUAUUUCCUCCGUAGUUUCGUUAUAUUAUCCCAGUCCUAACUACAUAUUUAAAUGUGUAGAAUUUGCUGUGUAUUUUUUAUAGUAAUUUCGUAUUUAUUGUCCUUUCAAUUUUAGUUGGGAUUCAAGUUUUUUGUUGUUGUUUCUUGUAGGUAUUUUAUUUGCCUCUUAUAUAUAUCCUUAAUAUCAGUAUUGCAGAGUUAUGCUAACUAAGUACAAUUAUUCAGGCUAUCUGUAAAUUGAUAUGAAAUCGAUUAUCUUAUUCUAGUGAUUUCCUUUAUGAAAAAAUAAAGGUAUUAGUAUUAAUUUUCUCAUACUUAAUCUGCCGUUAAGACUAUUCGUUUGCUAUUUAGAAAUUGAGUUCAGGUAUAAAUCCAAACGAAUAUAGACGAUGGUGUGGGUUUUCUGUUUCGUGUGUAUUCUGAGGCAAAUAAAAGCAACUCCGAGAAAUGAUCUUCUGAGAACUUCAAUAGUUGUGACAAAUAUCUUUACACGUCCUACCUUCGCGUUGUCUCAAUAUGGCCCAGUGGUGAAACCCUCAGACCUG